AUGAAGACCUUCUGGGGGGUGGCAGAGCAUCACCUCAGGACCAGGUGGAAGUUCCUGCGUGUGGGGCUUUGUAAGACUUGGGCCCUGCUGCAAGCUGCCUGGAACGACUUCUCCCGGCCCAUCCCAGCCAGCCGUGGCCAGCUGCUGACCCAGCUGCUCCUGUGUGGUUCCCUGGCUGCUGCGGCUGCAGGUCUAACCCAACACUGGCUGGUGUCCUCGCUGCAGUAUCCUCUGGGCACCUCGGUCGCGGUGGCCGCUAUCUGUGGGCUGCUGCUCUGCCUGAGCCUGGGCCUGGUGCCCCCAGCCCGCUGCCUGUUUGCCCUCAGCGUGCCCACCCUGGGCACAAAGCAAGGCCGCCGGUUGCUGCUCUCCUAUAGCACUGCCACCCUGGCCAUCAGCGUGAUGCCCAAUGUCUUGUCCAACGUGAGGGUGGCCGGGCGGGUGCUGCGCUGCAUCACCGAGGGCUCCCUGGAGAGCCUGCUCAACACCACCGCCCGGCUGCAGGUGGCGGCGGGGGCCCUGCACGUGGCAGACCAGGUGCGGGGUAGAGGCCUGGCAUUUGAGACCCAGGGCAAUGGCUCUGCCUUCCGCCUCCACAUGCUCCACGUCACCAAGCGGGUCCUGGAGGACUUCUCUGACCUGGAAAGGCUGGGCCGGACAGCCGCCCUGGGGGCCCAGCGGUUGGUGGCAGGGCUCUUCAUUCUGGGCCUCCUGGGGGAGGCUGCCUGGUACCUCCACCGCUACCUGACUGACCUGCGCUUCGACAAUGUCUACGCUACCCGGCAGCUCGCUGGGCAGCUGGCCGAGGCCCAGGCCACACACCUGGUGGCCUCCCCACCAGCCUGGCUGCUGCGGUCAGCCCGGCUACGCCUGUCCCAUCAGGAGCUGUUGAGAGCCCUCCUCAGGCUGGGGCUGCUCAGCCUGCUCCUGGCCGCCACCGCAGUGACCGUGGCCACAGACCACAUGGCCUUCCUCCUGGCCCAAGCGGCUGUGGAGUGGGCUCAGAAGCUGGCCCACGUGCCUGUCACACUCACUGUCAAGUACGACUUGGCAUACACCUUCCUGGACUUCCUCCCCUUCCUCUUCAACCAGUCGCCCCCAGAGACACCCUUCCAUUCCACUCAUGUCUCCAGCCAGUGGGAGCUGCGCUUCACUUCCCCCGGCUGCCCACUCCUGCCAGCCCAGCGUCCCCGCACGGCCGCCGCCCUGGCCGCAGGGGCCCUGCAGCUGGUCGCGUGCGCCACCGUCCUGCUGGAGACCUACGCCCGCCGCCUGCGGCAUGCCAUCGCUGCUUCCUUCUUCAGGGCCCAGGAGGUCCAGCGGGUCGGCCACCUUCACGCCCGGCUCCUGCGGAGAUAUAACCGGCAGCGAUGCCAGCAGAUGUCCCCAGGGGCGCCUUCCUGUUCUGACAUCGGGCUUGGGUAG